AUGGUUUUCCCACGCGGGGCGUGUCCCACGGCAACAUUCGACGCGUGCCGUGCUUUCAACUACCCGGCAAAGGGACCCGGAAAGAAGCGGAGGAGCAUCACAAUCUUCACCCGAAUCGCAAUGGUAACUCGAGGCCUCGAGAUGGCCAUCACGAACGCCGUUACCUGGGGCAUCAAACAGGGGCGGGCCAGCUUUCAGAUAGUCGUCCUGUCGCUUUUCGAAGUGGCCUUUGUGGAAGUGUUCGUUGGUGACGACGAGCCAUUCGUCAAAGUCAGCGAACCAGUAAAUCUCUCGCCUCUGCGCGCAGAGUAUUGUAUGAGCACACAUCCGCGCGAGCGGCCAGAGCUGAAGCCCGGCAUGGAGAUCCAGCGUCAGCGCGGUGAGCUCGUUAUGCAGUCAAACUGCACGGGGAGCGCAGACGGACUACGAGAUCACUUCCCCGGACUCGCGUCGCUCGUCAAUUUCUUCGAAGCCGCCGCAAGCCGUCGCGCAACAUCCCAGUCGUCGGCAAUUCUCUCUCGCUCGUCCACUCCUCCGAAGUCGCCGCGAGCCGCGGCGCAACGCCCAAGUCAACCAGUCAUUCUCCCGCCUGAGCUGCACGACCGGAUUCUAGACUUUGUCGACGACGAUACUUGGAGAACCUGCUUGGUCGUAUCGCGGAAGUUUCGUUUCUCCUGCCUCCGCAAGUUCAGACUUGACGAUCGGAUGAGCAUCGUGGCAGGCCCCUUUGUAGAGCAUCACGAGGAACCUCGGCUGUCGUUCAACUUUGAAGACACGCAAACGGGCAAGAUCUUUCGGACGGCGGAGGGUCCGCAUUUUCAUCGGCGGACGGAAGAGUAUAACUGGAUGCCAGUCAUCGGCAGUGACCGGAAGGCGCUCAUGUUGAACGUAGUCGUCCAGUUUGAGCCAGCGCCAGCGGCCAGCAUGCCUGGUGAUGAAUAA